UGGACACUCUGGACACUCUGGACACUCUGGACACUCUGGACACUCCGGACACGCCAGGAUGGAGGAGGCAGUGGUGAAGCAGGGCUGGAUUUACCUGCAGCUCCAGCAGCCAUUCGGGAAGAGGUGGAAGAAGCUCUGGGCCGUGCUGUACCGGGACAGCCGCGGGUCCCCGGCGCACCUGGAGCUGCGGGACGGCCCCGAGAGGCCGCGCAAGGCCGAGCCCGCCCGGCGCCCGCUGCGGCUCCGCGACUGCGUCCGCGUGGUCCCCGCGGGGACCGAGACCGCCUGUCCCGGGGACACCGUCCCCAUCCUGCUGGACACGGCCGAGCGCCGCGUGCUGCUGGCUGCUCCCGCCGCCGAGGCGCACGAGUGGAUCCGGCGGAUGUGCGAGCUGGCGUUCCCGAGGAGCCAGGAGGAGCCCGGAGUGGCCAAGGAGGGAUCGCUGAGCUCGCCGGGCACGGAGAGAGAGUUUUCCAUGGAGGAAAAUUCCCUGUACAGCUCACGGGACAAAGCCUGCCUGGAGCAGGAGUUUGAGGUGACAGUGAGGCCGACGCCGUCAUCGCAGCGCUGCCAGCUCCGGGGCCGCUGCAUCCUGCGUGCUGCCGAGGAGUCCCUGGAGCUGCGGCAUCCGCGGAGCCGGGAGCCGCUGUUCCGCUGGCCCUACCGCUUCCUGCGCCGCUUCGGCCGCGACAAGGUCAGCAGUGCUCAGGGAGCCCGGCCGGGGCUGGCCUGGGCACCGCGGGGACCGAGCCCUGCCCUCCCUCCACAGGUGACCUUCUCCUUCGAGGCCGGCCGGCGCUGCGAGUCCGGAGAGGGCAACUUCGAGUUCGACACCAGGCAAGGCAACGAGAUCUUCGCGGCCAUCGAGGCGGCCAUCGAGCUCCAGCGGGGCCAUGGUGCAGAGGAGCCGCGCCGGGGAGGCCUCGCGGACGAGGGCCUUGAGCGGGCCGGGCGGGCGCAGGGCCGCGAGGAGCACCAGGGCCCCUCUGGGGAGGCCAAAGGGCUCAAGGCCAAGGCGGCGAUGCCCCCCGGGGCAGGGGAGUGCUCAGGGCCGCUCCAGCCUUCGCGGGGUGCGGAUUUUCCCCAAGCCGAGCCCCGCCGUUCCCCACGGCCGAGGCCGGGCGGCGCCGAGCUGGAGCCCGAGUACGCCGUCCCCUUCGACGCCGUGGCCAAGGCCCUCCUGGCGCGGCGGUUCGGCGGCCUGGGCCGGCCCCGGGAGGGGUUCCCCGAGCUCCCGAGGGUCCCCAGGGAUGCAGGAGGGGGCGGGCAGCCCCCCGGCCGCCCCCCGGCCCCCAAAGCCGAGCACAUCUACGACGAGCCCGAGGGGCUCGCGGCGCUCGCGCUCUACGACGAGCCCGAGGAGGUGAAGGGGGAGGCCUGGAGGCUGCAGGCGGCCCCCGAGGAGCCCCCCGGGCUGGGGUGUCCCUACAACCCCCAGAGCGACGACUACGCCGUCCCCAAAAGAUCCUUCCUGCUCCCCGGCUCGGAGCGCCUCGGCCACUGCGACUACGACAACGUGGCCCUGAGGGGGGCCAGGAGGAGGAACCUGCAGUGAGGAGCAGCGGGGACAGAGGAGGGGGAGACACCACAAAUACCCUGGUGGGACUCUGGGCCAUGGGGACACAUCUGGGCAGAGGGGUGGCACAGCCAGGGAUGGCAGGGGACA